AUGGCUACAAGUAAAUCAAAAUACAAUUCUUUAUUUAAAGAACUCGCUUCUGCUAAAAUACAUGAUUACGUUAAAUCAUACAUUUCUAAUCUUCAUAAUCAACUGAAUACUCUUCGAGUCAGUUCGUUUAAAGCAGAACAUCGAGAUGAAUUUCUUAGUUUACGUACCCAAUGUCAUGAUUUAAUUAAUCAAACUCGCGACUAUUGUGAUAAAGUUAUUCCAUUUCUCGAAUAUGCUCUUACACAAUUCGACUCAUCAAAUUCUGUCAACGUUAAAAUACUAGCUGAAAAACUUCUGUCUACAGUUGAUCCCAAGCAUAUUGUGGAUCAAUGUGAACGACUGGAAAAUAAGAUUUUGACAUUUAACCAACAAAUUGCUACAGAUGAAUACUACAGUCCAAGUGAUAUCAUGCCAUUUCUUUGUGCUGCUUCUAGUAUUGCUUUGGCUACUAUAUUUUGGAUCGGUUUCUUAUUUAUGCCUGUAGUUUUGGAAGUUGAAAUGGCUCUAGAAACAUUUGGUUCUGUAGUUACGAAAGCUGCAAUUCCAUCAAUCAUUUUACUUUCUGAAGGGUUGACAAAAAUAAUAGCAGAGAACGACUUUAGACAAUGUAAAAAAAAGAUCAUUGAAGCAAGUGAAUAUGUUUUUCAGAUGAAAAUGGAACUAUCAAAUGUUAUUCAAAUGGAUGAUUGUCUUGAAAUUCCGAUGGAUAUUCAAGAUAUUUAUGAUCUCAAGCCAAUUUAUGAAAAUCUGAUGGAAAAUAUACAAGAUAUUCGAGAUAUAUGUUCAAAACCUUUUUCUCUUUAA